UCUCCUUGCAGUGCCACUCAGUGAAAGGGUCCUUUCAAUUCACAAGCCAACAAGAAGAUGCCAGAACCUACAAAGAAACCAGCUUCAGCGUUCAUCAAGAAACCAAAGACAAAAGAUGUCUCAGCAGGAGGCACGGCUGUUUUUGAAGCAGAGACGGAGAAGACGGGCAUCAAGGUGAAAUGGCAGCAAAAUGGUGUAGAACUUGCCACAAGUGAGAAGUAUGUUAUCAAAUCGGAGGGGAAUAAGCACUUCUUGACCAUUAAUAACGUUGGAAAAGAGGAUGAUGCCACUUAUGCUGUCAUUGCUGGAAGUUCCAAGGUCAAAUUUGAACUUAAAGUGACAGAACCAGAAAAAAUGGGGGAGGUUCCUCCUGUCAUGUCUUCUGAUCAACCCACCUUCUCAGACAUAGUUACUGUCCCAAACACUGGACCUACAAAUGCUGAAUCUAAAGAUGCUGAAGCUACAAGUGAUAACAAAGUCUCAGAAGUUCUUCCUACAGAAGCCCAGAAAGAAAUACCUGUCGACCCAAUUGGCAUUUUUGUGACUCGACCACAGGAUGGAGAAGUUGCAAUUGGUGGGAACAUUACGUUCACUGCUGUAGUGGCAAGUGAAAGCUUGCUGAAGAAACCUACAGCCAAAUGGUUCAAGGGAAAGUGGAUGGACCUGGGAAGCAAAGUGGGAAAACACCUUCAGCUUCACGAGAGCUAUGAUCGAACCAACAAGAUUUAUGUCUUCGAAAUGAACAUUAUUGAUGCAAAACCAACUUAUGCAGGGGGAUAUCGAUGUGAGGUGGCUACAAAGGACAAAUUUGAUAGCUGUAACUUUACCCUGGUUGUCCAUGAGGCACCUGCCACAGCUGACCUGGACAUCCGAUCAACAUUUCGACGGACGAGCACAGCAGGAGGAAGAAAGUGGACAUUAGCAAUCAAUGUGGAUGGUCAAAAUGAAGGCAGAGAGUUGGAUUUCACUACCUUGCUGAAAAAGAGAGACAGUUUCUUGCGCUCGGUACAUCGAAAUGAAGGAAAAGUUGAAUCGCAACCAGAGGUUGAUGUGUGGGAAAUCCUUCGGAAUGCUCCAGCAUCAGAAUAUGAGAAAAUUGCAUUUCAAUAUGGCAUCACUGAUCUACGGGGAAUGUUGAAACGCCUCAAGCGCAUGAAGAAGGAGGAGAAGAAAAGCACAUCGUUUCAGAAGAGGUUGGAUCCAGCAUAUCAAGUUGACAAAGGACAGAAAAUCAAAUUAGUGGUGGAACUUGCUAAUCCAGAUGAGGAAGUUAAAUGGCUCAAGAAUGGACAAGAGAUCCAAGUGAGUGGCAGCAAAUAUAUCUUUGAAUCUAUGGGAAAUAAAAGGAUCUUGACCAUAAACCACUGCUCAUUGGCUGAUGACGCAGCAUAUCAGUGCGUGAUUGGGGAAGAGAAGACUUUCACAGAACUGUUUGUAAGAGAGCCUCCCAUCCUGAUUACUCAUUCUCUGGAAGACCAAGUGGUCACAGUUGGGGAAAGAGUGGAGUUUGAAGCUGAAGUGUCUGAAGAUGGGGCUACUGUGAAAUGGGAGAAAGAUGGUGUAGAGCUUACUCGAGAAGAGGCAUUCAAAUAUCGGUUCAAAAAGGAUGGUAAAAAACACUACCUCAUCAUCAAUGAGUCCACCAAGGAAGAUAAUGGGCAUUACAAAGUCAAAACCAAUGGUGGGGAAUCUGUUGCAGAAUUGAUUGUACAAGAAAAGAAGCUAGAGGUAUACCAAAGCAUUGCAGAUCUGACUGUGAAGGCCCGAGACCAGGCUGUGUUCAAGUGUGAGGUGUCCGAUGAGAAUGUGAAGGGCAUCUGGCUGAAAAAUGGGAAAGAGGUCAUCCCAAACAAUCGGAUUAAAAUCUCUCAUAUUGGCAGAAUCCAUAAGCUAACCAUUGAUGAUGUUACCCCAGAAGAUGAAGCUGAUUAUUCUUUUGUGCCUCAAGGAUUUGCAUACAAUCUCUCAGCUCAUCUGCGUUUUUUGGAGAUUAAGAUUGACUUUGUGCCUAGGCAAGAACCUCCCAAAAUUCAUCUGGACUGCAUGGGCCAAACUCCGGACACCAUUAUUGUGGUAGCUGGAAAUAAGCUGAGACUCGAUGUACCCAUCUCAGGGGACCCCGUCCCUGAAGUGAUUUGGCAGAAAAUAAACAAGAAUAAUGAACUGGAACUAAUAAAAGGUGGUCCAAAUCCUACGGAUCUUAAGGGCACAUGUGGUGAUUUGACUAACAAUGAGAAGCCAUUUUCUGAUUCAGAAGGUCGAGUCCACGCAGAAACAUAUGAAGACCAUUGCGUAUUUACUAUUGAAGGAGCUGAGAAGGAAGAUGAGGGAAUCUACAGAGUUGCAGUGAAAAAUCCAGCUGGAGAAGACACAGCUAAUAUCACUGUAAAAGUUAUUGAUAUACCUGAUCCACCAGAAGCUCCUAAAAUAACUGAUGUUGGUGAAGACAACUGUAUAGUACAGUGGCAGCCACCUAAGUAUGAUGGAGGACAGCCAAUACUGGGAUAUAUCUUAGAGAGGAAGAAAAAGAAGAGCUACAGGUGGAUGAGGCUGAACUUUGACCUUUUGAAGGAUCUGACUUAUGAAGCAAAGAGAAUGAUUGAAGGAGUUGUUUAUGAGAUGAGAAUUUAUGCCGUGAACUCAGUUGGCAUGUCUCAGCCUAGUCCUGCCUCACAGCCUUUCAUGCCAAUUGCUCCUCCAAGUGAGCCAACACACUUUACUGUAGAAGACAUUUCUGACACUUCUGUUACCCUGAAGUGGAGAGCCCCUGAACGGAUUGGAGCAGGAGGAUUGGAUGGCUACAAUAUUGAAUACUGCAGAGAAGGAUCCACCGAAUGGAUUCCAGCUCUUCCUAGCCCCAUUGAACGCACAUCUGUCUUACUUAAAGAUUUGGUUACAGGAGACAAAUUGUAUUUUCGCAUCACUGCUAUAAAUUUAGCAGGGAUAAGCCAACCAGCAAUGAUUAAGGAACCAGUUACUGUUCAAGAGAUCUUGCAGCGCCCUAAAAUUAGGCUGCCACGCAAUCUCAGACAGACUUUAAUGAAGAAAGUUGGUGAUACAAUCAACAUUGUAGUUCCUUUCCAGGGUAAACCUAGACCUAAAGUUGUCUGGAAAAAAGAUGGUCAGCUAAUAGACUCCAAGGAAGUGGGAAUACGAAAUAGUUAUACAGAUUCUAUUCUAUUUAUCCGAAAGGCAGAGCGCCACCAUUCUGGGAAAUACGAAGUUGAAGUGCAAAUAGAAAACAUGAGUGACAAGGUCACUAUUACUAUGCAGAUUAUGGACAAGCCUGGUCCUCCUCUGAACAUUAAGAUUGUGGACGUAUGGGGAUUCAAUGUUGCAUUGGAAUGGAUGCCUCCCCAGGAUGAUGGCAAUUCUCAAAUCACAGGAUAUGUGGUCCAGAAGGCAGACAAAAAAACAAUGGAAUGGUACACUGUUUUUGAUCACUAUCGGCGCACUAACUGUGUAGUAUCUGAGCUGAUCAUGGGAAACGAAUACUAUUUCAGGAUCUUCAGUGAAAACCUGUGUGGGCUGAGUGAAAAUGCUACAACCACCAAAAACUCUGCCUAUAUUAAAAAGACAGGAGCAACUUACAAACCACCUAAUUACAAAGAGCAUGACUUCUCUGAGGCACCAAAAUUCACCCAUCCCCUUUCUGAUCGUUCCGUAGUUUCUGGGUACAGUGCAACACUCAGUUGUGCUGUCAGAGGAAGCCCAAAGCCCAAAAUCUUCUGGUUCAAAAACAAUGUGGACCUUUCUGGAGAUGCCAAAUACCGCAUGUUCAGUAAACAUGGAGUGUUGACUUUGGAAAUCCGCAAGCCCACCCCAUUUGAUGGAGGCGUUUAUACCUGCAAGGCAGUGAAUGAAUGUGGUGAAGCAGAAAUAGAGUGUCGGUUGGAUGUUAGAGCACCACAGUGAAAUUCUAAGCAACUGGAUAUCAGCAAGUCCAGAUAUGGAACUGAAUUGUUUGUCUCAACAAACUUGGGACAUCUGGGAAAAAUUGGAAGAGGCCAGUAACAUAAAGAAAA